UCCAUCUCUUUCAAAGACCCACAAUUUCUUCUUCUUCUCCAACCUUCAACCCUCCAUAACUUCAUCAAUUCUUGUCCAAAUUAAGUGAAAUCGGAGUCUAUCUUGACUAAUUUUUCACGUAGUUUCUGAUUUUGACAAGAGAUUUACAAGGAAACGCCGUUUUUGGGUCCGAACUUCAAACCCUAGCUUCGAAAAUUUUGGGGCUUUUUGAAGUUUUUGCCUCAUUUGUGUUUCUUACAUCUUCAAACAAGGAAAAUGGUUAAGACAAAAGAACAAGCGAGAUCUAGUUCGUCAUCAUCGAAAGGGAAAGGCAAACAAGUGGAACAACAACCGCGAAAGAGACAAUAUUUGGGCCGAGUGGAUGAAAGUGAAAGUGAGGAAGAGAUGGAGUUGGACCCGACUGAAAAGCCGAUAUGGAAUUCGGGUCCAUUAGAUGAUCAAGCCGAGGAGUGGCAACCGACACUCUACCAUGACAGCAUGAAUAAGUUGAAGAAUAAGGCUGCUGCAUUCAUUUGUGAAAGAGAAGUUAAUGAGGUUCAAUUUGGCCAGUUCGGGGUGUUUGGUAAAUUCCGCGCUCUAGGUUGGGAGGGGGCGCUGAGUUGUUAUGAUAAAGAUAAAAGCAACCUGUUUAUGACCGAAAUUCAAGAGUGGAUGGCAACUCUUAAGGUUAACCAAUAUGACAGGCCAUCGCAAAUGAAGCUAACGGGUAUUGUGAAUGGAAUUCCAGUGGAGAUGUCUUUUACCACAUUGAAGAAAUUGGGAAAGUAUGACAGUCUACCGGCUAGUGAUUAUAUGUUACCGACUCCUGAUGACCUCCUGAUUAAACCGGAGAAACAUGUUCAAUGGAAUGAUAUGUUGGCAGCAAUAUUUUUACCCGGUAAAUACAGUGGUAUUCUAUACCGGAAGAAUUUAAAAAUAGAAGCUAAAUUGUUGUUAGCCAUAUGUGUUCUCAAUGUUAUUCCACGAAGGGGAGACAAGGAGCAGGUGAGGUUUCCCGAAGUACCCGUUCUUUACGCGUUAAUGCAUGGGUCUCCGCGUUUUCCGAUACGCUAUCUGAUCAUGAACCACUUAUGGAUCUGCCGAAAUAAGUAUGGAAGAGAGAUCGUCCCGUAUUGUCGAAUAAUUACGGGAUUGAUGAAACAACAAAAGGCGAUAACAUCUGAAGAUCGAGGAGCAACAAAAAGGCAUCAGCCUUUUACGUUGGAUAAGUUGGGGAUUGGGUGGUCAUAUACACAAUUGGAGCGUUAUCACAAGUUAAAGUCGGAAGGGCAAAGGUGGAGGGCACUAAAGUUGGGUGCACGAGAUUUGUUACCGGGUGAGCCGGACGAGCCGGAAAGCGAUGAAGAAGUAGUUCCUAGCGGUGACGAGGAUUAUGCGGACGAGCCGCAUGGUGGUGAAAAUGUUGGUCAAGGGGGUUAUGGUAGAGGUUACGGUGGUAUGUUUUACGAUUAUACGGAACAGUCUUAUGAGCCGGGUUGGGCUUAUAACGGUACAAUGCAAGAAGUGAUUGAGAAUCAACGUCCUCCGGCAUCUAUUUUUGAUACAUGGUCGGGGUCGGAGAGGAGGUUGUAUGAUCAAAACACGAGGAAUAGUGCAAGUAUAGAGCGGUCGUUAAAACAUAGCUUUGAUCGUCAAGAGUCAGGGAACCGCACCUUUGCGUAUUCCCAAGAGGUGGAAACGAAUAAUAGAUAUCAUGACGACCAAGAGAGAAGAAUGCACGCUGAUUAUCAUGCCGGGCGCCGGUGGUUGUGGAUCCACAACAUGUGGAUUAUGCGUCUCUACCACUGUAUGAUGGUAGUGUUUCGUAUCCAACCCCGCCGAUCCACCACUCACAACGGAUUGACCCAAGGCAACAAGAAGGAGCACAACAACAACAAGGUGGAAGUAGUAGCGGCUCAUUUGCGUUCGGAGAAUGGAACGAUAUGAUGUCUUCCAUUUUUGGGCCGCCGGGACCGCGCUAUUAUUAAUCAGGUUGUGUUCUAUCUUUGUAUAUUUUGUGCAUAUUUGUUAGUUUGAUAUGUUUAUGGUUGGGAGGUUGGGUGGUGUAUGAUUGUGUUGUUUUGUUGGGUUGGUGCUUGUUGGUGGUGUCAUGUUUUUUUAAAAAAAAAAGAAGAAAAAAAACAUAAAAAAAUUAUAAAAUGAAAAAUCCAAAAAGAAGUUUGGGGUUCGAGUGUAGAAGCUUUUCGUGGAUGAUUGAAUGGAUUUUAGUGAUCAAAGCCUCCUAAAACCAUACAUUGGGGUCAAUGUAUCCCAAGUGUGGGGAUGGGGGGAAUUUUUGAAGAUUUAAAAAAAAAAAAUCGAGCCAAGCGAAACAAUGUGAAAAUUUGAACACCCUAGAUUAACCCUAAAUUGAAGCACCGGCAACCCUUGAUACCCUUUCAUUCUUGGUGAGAGUUGUAGCCACACUUGUACAUAAAUAAUGAUUGUCUUUGAUGAGAGUGGCUACGGGUGGGGGUGCAUUAGAACUUGUGCUUGAAUGCGGUUUGAGGCCUUAGUUGAACAUGAAUGUGAAAAGGAUAGGGGCAUUUAGGUAACCUCGUUGGUGUGAGCGAGUGUGGGAUUUGGGGAGUUGGACUCA